AUAUAUAUAUUAUAUAUAUAAUGCAUAAUUAACCUAUUAUAAAAUGUAUUGCUAUUUAGUAUUUGUUAUUAGAAAACUUAAAUACAACUCUUAAGAUUGAUCUUUAUCUAUUGGUUUUUAUAUAAACAACCCACUUUGCAUAAACGUAUGUUUAAUUAUUGUUCUAAUAUUCAAACGUUUUUCUUAAAUAAUAAAGCAAUUAACAAAUUUAUCUUAAAUGAGCUAAUAUAAAAAGGAAUUUUUUAAUAAAUAUUGAAUUAAAAUAAUUGACAAAUAUGAAAAGACUGACUGCAAAAUUAGUGUUCAUGGGCUCUCAAGGUGUUGGUAAAUCAAGCAUUAUCACAAGAUAUAUUAAAGGUGACUAUAAAAUGGACUGUGAAGCAACAAUUGGUGCUUCAUUUAUGUAUGCUAAAGUAAUGAUCCAAGAUUAUCAGAUAACACUAAAAGUAUGGGACACAGCUGGACAAGAACGUUUUCGAAGUUUAGUUCCAAUGUACUAUAGAAAUGCAGAUGCUGUUGCCAUUAUAUUUGAUGUGUCAGAUAGAGAAUCAUAUGAUCAGGUCAAAUAUUGGAUAAAUGAAGUCAGAAAAAAUACUGAUACACCAGUGGUAUAUUAUGUUGUUGGCAAUAAAACUGAUUUAGUUAGUUCUAGAAAGGUCACAUAUGAUGAAGCUAAAGAGUUUGCUAAUUACGUCAAUGCCCAUUAUUGGGAAACAAGUGCUUGUGCCAAUACUGAUUUAUUUACAAAUGUUGGGAAAAACCUGAUACAUAUGAUAGAAAGUGAAAGGCCACCCACAAAUUUAAAACUUGAAGUCGAUUCUGAAGAUUUACCCAGUAACACCAAAGUAAAUUCCAGUACCUAUUGUUGUAACGUCUAAAUUUAUAGACAAAAUAUAGUGUUCACAUUCUGUAUUAUAUCAAAACUAAGUAAUAAAUUGUAAGUGUUAACUAUUUUAUUUUGUUAUUUUCCUUGUUGACAUAUAGAUGUAUAUAUAUUAAACAAACCCUUUAUCAGUAUAUUGUUUUAAUUUAUAUGUUUAAUACAUCAUUACAGAGUUAGCUGUCAAUUACUUCUUUAUUAUUAUUAUUUAUAAUAUUAAACAC